CUUUAUGCCCUGCAACAGGGAGACAGUAAUGAACGUAAUGAAUGUCCGGCAUUAGGAGGAGGAGUUCUUAAAAUGAGUAGGAGUUUGAUCCCUCGACCGCCUCUAAAAAGUAUAACUGAAAUUAUUUGUCAGUCUGUUAGUUUAGAUCUAAACUGUAGCUUUAGAGAUCAGUAGCAACGUUAUGCAGAGACCUGAACACAAAAGUUGACAAAGCAACAAAAUAUGGAGGCUGAUAAAGAAGAAAACUAACAGAGAUGAAGAUGAUCUCCAGGAUCCUGCUGCUCCUCAUCCUCAGCUCAUGUCUCUGUGCAACAUUUGUAGUGAAUGUGACACAGAGCAGCUAUCAGGCAGAGGAGAACCACAGCAUCACUCUGGAGUGGACCUUCACCACCAAGACUCAGGGAUUCUGGAGGGAACUGUUCAUCAUCUGUGAUUUUAGAUCAUCAGUAAAGUCAGGGGUAAUAUAUGUUCAUCAUGAUGGUGUUGAGAUUCCAGAUUCUCAGCAUGAACAGUUUUCAGGACGAGUCCAGAGUGACAAAGACGUCCUCAGAGAAGGACGAAUCAGACUCCAUGUGUCCAGACUGAGGACUGAAGACUCUGGUCUGUAUCUGUGUGACGUGAAAACUGAAGAUGGAUUCAACUCUGGAAGAUGUCGACUCAACGUAUUUGUUCAUAAAAACAUCUCAGCUGUUCCUGGACAGAGCGUCUCUCUGCCAUGCCGACUCCCCAACAUCAAACCUGUUGUGGCUGUGAAGUGGACCCGACCGGACCUGGAACCAGAAUAUGUCCUCCUGUUCAGAGAUGAGGAGCCUGACCCAGAGAACCAGCAUCCAUCUUUUAGGAACCGGGUGGAGCUGCAGGACAGACGGUGAAGGACGGAGACGUGUCUUUGCUUCUGAGCAACGUAACGACCAGCGACUCGGGAAAAUACGAGUGUCGAGUUUUCCAGAGAGAAGCAACCGGCAGGAAGAAUCGCGCUUUGACCUCUGACCCCAUCGGGAUCGUCUUUCUGGAUGUAGCGCCUCCUACAGAAAACGAGGAGGAAAGAAAAGAAGAUGGAAGCAGAAACAAACAUGUUGGACUGAUUAUUGUAGCAUUUCUGAUCGCUGCACUGAUUAUUGGUUGGUUUCUUCGUCUCUAUUUAAUAAAGCAGAAGAUGAACAGAUCACCGAACUCACAGUGAGGGUUAAGGACGGUUCUAGUUCAGAUCCCAACCUUGAUCCUCAGAGUUCAACAUCCUCCAUGAUUUGAAUGUGACUUUGCUCUAACAACUUGAUUGCAAUGAUUGCAUCAGCUCCUCUGCAGGCCAUCAGGUUCUGCUGAGGAGUUUUAAUCAUUGAAUCAUGUAUGUGGCUACAGGAAAAUUGAUUAUGUUGUUAUAUAUAUUCAUGCUUGUAUAUUGUUUCCUUUCUUUAGCCUUACUGUUUCACAAAGUCACUUCACAGGUUGAAGUUCACAAGCAUUUCAAUGUUCUUAUUUUUAUUCAUAUCUACCCUUAAA